AUGGUUUUAUGCAGAAGGUCAGAGUUUGCACGAACAUUAACGUAUGUGCAAAUACCAGAAUAUUUCGUAUGGAACAACAAUACUAAAGUGUGGACUGAACGUAAGAAAGGCAAAACCAUUGGGAGAAUCGUAGCUGUUCAUCCAUUAGCAGGUGAUCGUUACUAUCUAAGGAUCCUCAUAAAUAAGAUCAAGGGUCCUAGAAGUUAUGACGAGCUCAAAACAUACAAUGAGGUGAAAUAUCCUGACUUCAAAUCAGUUUGCUACGCACACGGCUAUUUGGACAAUGAUGUUGAAUGGCACGAGAAUAUGCCAGUGGGUGCUAGAUGGGCUACCCCAUACCAACUCCGCGAUAUGUUUGUCACGUUCCUAAACAACUGCUUUGUUACGAGUCCUAAGAACCUAUGGGAAAACUCAUGGAGAUCAAUGAGCGAGGACAUACUUCACAAGAGGCGGAGAAUCUUAGGUCAUACAAAUCUGGAGUUGGAUGAGAUGCCAAAAAUCAAACAUGUUUUGCUAAAAGAACUGGGAAACAAUUUGUUGAACCAAGAACUGGAUUACGAUGUUGCCGAGGAAACACUAAGACAUGACAUGCAAUUCAACAAACUUAAUGCUAAUCAACGGGCGAUUUACGAAUCAGUCUUAGACUAUGUUGAUAAAAUGGAUGGGAAGCUAUUCUUUGAUUCGAUCAAGAAAACAAAUAGUUCUGUCGGUUGCCUCUUCACGAAUAGCCGCAUUGUUGCUACCAAAGAUAAGCUUUGCAACAUCAAACCAGGAACAAUGCUGGCUGAGCUAAUCAAGAAAACAGAUCUUAUAAUUUGGGACGAAACACCUAUGACACAUAAGCAUGCUUUUGAGGCACUUGACAAAACGUUGAAAGACAUAAUGUCUAGGAAAAAUCCUUCCGCAAAGUAUCAUACUUUUGGCGGCAAGACAGUUCUAUUAGGAGAUGAUUUUAGACAAAUACUACCUGUGAUUCCACAAGAUAACAGACCUGAUACUGUCUUAGCUUCAAUAAGUCACUCAUACCUAUGGGAUAGCUGCCACAAGUUCACUUUAAAAACAAAUAUGAGAGUCAAUCAGGAAGAAAAAGAGUUCUCUGAUUGGCUCCUUCAGGUCGGAGAAGGUCAUCAACAACUAGAAUCGGGAUAUGAGUGUGAAGACUACCAUGAACAAAUGAUAAAUGUCGAUAGAUCAUUGAUUCGCCAGAGUCAUGUUGACCCAUUAAAAGAAGUUGUUGAUGCCACAUAUGGAAAAGUCAACAAAAUGACAACUUCCGAGACCUCCUACACUGAUAAAAAAAUGAAACCGUCGAUGAAAUAA